AUGGAUGAGCUACUGUAUCAGGCAUCUAUCUUUUACCAGUCCGAUAACGGUGACAUCGCCAAUGGUUACUAUGAAUGCGAUCCCUCGAGUGGAAAACUUAUACGUAAAGGUGAAUAUGCCAUCUCUGAGAUAGCAGCGCUUGAUUCCGUCCACAAAUUCACUGGACUUAGGGUGGAGCUUCUGGGCAACACGCUCGGAUAUCGCCUUUUCUAUCAUGACGAAAAGAAAGUGGUCAAAAUUUCAUCCUAUACUCCCGACACGAACUGGGUCGAUGCAGGUGUUGUCUCGCCAGACCCUGUGGUUGGCAUGGGGCUUGGAUCACACCAUAGAGGAAAAGGAAACGUUACAGUAACCUUUCCUCAAGGAUCAGACAACCUGAUGGUAGCUCAGAAUUGGAAUGAUGGUGGUUUGUACCAUCUCGAAAGCCUACCACAACCGUUGAAUGGGACAUUCACAAACGACACUCAGGCCUCGGAAAUCAACACCGACACAUCGACCCCCGAGUUUACAUUACCAUCUUGGGACGCAGAAACUGUUUCAAUCGCCACUUCAGUUGAUAGCGCCCGUGCUAGACAUAUCUUUUACAUCGGGACCGACAAAAAGCUCCACGAGCUUCGUGAAGAAGGCGUUGAAUGGAAUUUGGCUGCCAAUGAGUCGGAAAAGGCCUGGCCGACCGCGGAUACAUCCAAUGCGCCUUUGGCUGUGUCUUACCAACAGAGCCAGGGCGAAGCCUGGAUAUACUAUCUGGUCAAUGGCAGCAUUAUCGAAGCCCACAGAGAUGGUUCUGGCUACUGGGAUGAUGCUAAGACUCUGCCCACCCAAUCGGCAAACGCUACUGAUGGCGGCUUAUCGACAGGAGAUGAUGACUCCAAGAAUACCGAUGGGAAAGAGUCAGACUCAGCGGAUUCGAGUGUAUCUCAUGGCCUGACUUCUGGUGCAAAGGCGGGUAUUGGUAUUGGUGCUGGCAUCAGCGCUCUCUUGGUCGCUGGUUUGAUCUGGUUCUUGUUUAGGCGCCGUGGAAAAUCCGCUCCGGUUAAUGGCAACCCACUGAAGAAAGGAGCAGACGUCGAGCAAGAAAGAGGUUUGGAAGACAACAAGUUCCGAGUUUCUGAGAUGGCUGCUGAAAGCCAACCUCUGUCACCUGGUUAUGCUCCUCCGCCACAGUACGACACCCCGCCGCCACAGACGAUGAACAACCAUAUUCAACCGGUAGAAUUGGCUAGCCCUACUAUGAUUUACGAGAUGCCUGGCAAUGGUGGCUCAGCGGGAGCCAAGAUGUGA